AUGGAGAAGAUUCUUGCAUUGUUGAUUUACAAGACUAUCAUCGGCAUCCUGGGCGUUUUAGGUAACGGACUGGUAUGCAUGGUUAUCGGCCGAGUGCCAGCCAUGCGAUCGCGUACAAACGCAUUUAUCCUCAACCAGGCGGUGAUUGAUUUCUUCGGCUCUGUGGUCAUCAUCUUGCAGACGGAUGUGCCGCUGCCGGACCCUCUUCCCAAUGACGCCGUCGGCUGGAUCUGGUGCCACAUCUGGAUCUCCAACUUCAUGAUCAUCAUCUUCUUCGUUUCCUCUACCUUCAACUUGCUCGCACUGACUUUGGAGCGCUACUUUGCCAUCGUGUACCCUUACAAAUACCAGUCCUGGUUCUCUUCAUACCCGCGGCUGAAGGUGGUUGUGACCAUUGCGUGCUGUUGGAUCUUUGGCGUGGCUAUCAAGAGCUACACCCUCAUGAUCGUGCAGGAAACUACUGACGGCAGAUGUGUCUCGCGUCCGAUCCCUGGUUCCAAAGCCAUCGGCAUCCUGACGGUGUUCUUGCAGUACAUCCUCCCGGUCUUUGUCAUGUUGUUUGCCUACAUCCACACCAGCGUGGAGUUGAAGCGGCAGGCUGCCCGAGUCGGCCCCUUAGUGCUCGGACACCGAGGCCAAUCAACAUCACCCGAACAUCGUGAUUCCAACCAGGUGCCCCAAGAGAAUCUCACGGCGUCCAUCCUCCGGGCAAGACGGAAUGUCUUCAAGACACUCAUGAUGGUCUUCGCCACUUUCCUCGUCUGUUGGUCCCCGAACCAGAUCCUCUUCUUGAUGUUCAACUUCGGCUGGGAGGUUAAGUUUAGCGACUGGUACUUCCUGCUGACGCUGGCCCUUGUCGCUACCAAUUCCUGCGUGAAUCCCUUCAUCUACGCACUCAAGUAUCAGCAGUUUCGCAGCGGGCUGCGGCAAGUCUUCUGCCGGGGCAGGCCCCGAGUGAACAGCAUUCCGCGUACGACAGAUAACACGGCCACAAGAACAACUGAACUGAACGCUUGA